AUGGAGGACAUGUCGGCGCAGAACGUGGCGUCGCAGCUACUCGACCUUAUUCGCACACGGCGGCAACCCAUUUCGCAGGAGUCUUCGCAAGGACCGUCGCAGCCGUCGUCUGUAGGCGGUGUACCGCGAAAUGUAUCGCAGCAAGUCGAGAGCGGUCGAACCCCUCUAGACACGUCCACCUCUUCGUCGAAGCUCGUCAGCACAUCGGACUUCGUACCCGUCUCCGCCGUUAAAUCCGAUUCCGCUCUUCUCGGUUCCGCGCAUGUUGCCGCCCAUUACUCCCACAGCGCUCGCUCCGCCACCGCGGAGGUCACGAGCUCGUUAGUCACUCCGCCCGCCUCCGCGCACGGCGGAGCCUGCGCGCAGCCCGCGGACGAGCCGCGGAGCGGGAAGAGAAUGCGGACGGAAACCGGCGCAGUUGACGCGGCGUGGGGGGGAGGCGCGGUAGGCCCGGCGACGCCGGAGCUCGCGGGAUCGGACACGUCGGCGGCGGGCGACGCGUGGGACGUGAGCAACGUGCAGAUAUCGCAGCUAUUACAGGAGAUGGACAUGUUCUUUCCGCCCGACGACGACGAUUUAAGCGCCUUUGCGCUCGCGUUCGACGACGACCCGCUCGAUGCCAGUGCCGCCGCCAACGCCAUCGCCGCCGCGAAUGGCGCUGCGCCUGCGUUUCCGGCGCAGGACUCCAUCGGGGAGAUUUUGAACGGCCUCUCGUCUGCCGGCCCACCGUGCGCCGAUUUGCCGGCUGCUGUUCCUGCCGUGCCGGCCGUUAACACUCCGGCCGUUAGCUUGCCGGGCGGCCCGGUGCCGGACGUGCAUGCCAUGCGCCGCGCGGACUCCGCGGACAGCGCGGGGGUCACUCCGCAGAGCGUGUCAGGGCUGGGUAGUCCACACAGCAGCCUAUCCGCGGGGGGAGCGGGCGGAAGCACUGGCGGAAGCACCGGAGCCAUGCAGACGCUGACGUCAUUUGAGAGCGCGGAGCUUCGGGGGGACUUUUCGCGCGUUUGCUGGGUUGGGGAAGCGGAGAGGCCCGCGGAGGGGGAAGCGGCGGAGCAAGGAGGGGGAGGGGAACAAAUAGGGGGAACUGCGCUUGCGGGUAGCGCGGGAAGUGGGGAAGGCACGGGAGGGUGUUGCGAACAAGUACCUGCCAUGUCAGGCUUUUCGGGGGGAAACGGUGGCUUGGGGAAUAAUGGCGCAAGCGGAAGCGGCGGCACUGGGGGCGCGAUUCCUAGCGCGCGGUCGCUGAGUUUGGGGAGCCAGUUCCGCCAAAAGCAGAUCCUGCAGACUCUCUCCUCUCCGCCCGCCGCCCCACAGCCGCUGCAGUCACAACCGCUACAAUCACAGCCGCUGCAAUCACAGGUGCAGCAGCAGCCGCAGCAGCCGCAGCAGCAGCAGGCGGUGAUGCGCCCCGUAGGCGCAAUGCCUCCCCCCAUGCUGCCCCCUCGGUAUCCCCAGCAGCAAGCGCAACCGCCCAUGGCGCAGCAAGGGCAGCCGGGGCAGCAGCAGGGCGCGCAGACGUGGCAGCAGGGCUCAGAGCAGCAGCAGGGCGGGGCAUUGGCUACACGGGGGGCGCUGGGCGUCCCCCAACACUCCAACGGCCUGCACCAUAUGCCGCCCACACAACCACCUCCAGUGGCUUCCGAGAACCUUCUCCAAGUUCCCUCACCUGCAGGGGCAGUCACAGCUGACCCCACGCCCCUGGCCGCGCCCCUGCCGCCGCCCUUCCGCCCAGUGACGUCCCCCAUGGAGGUGGCGCUGAUGGAGUGUGCAGCGGCUGUGGACAGGCGCGACCUGGUGCAGGCACACUCCCGCAUGUCCGCCCUCGCGCACCUCGUGUCACCGCACGGCACCGCACAGCAGCGCCUGGGGUACUACUUUCUUGAGGCGCUGGCUGCCAGGAUUGCCGGCACUGGGUCGGCUAUUUAUAAGGCGCUUCAGUCCCGCCAGGGCAGCCAACCAGGCCCGUCGAGCAAGGCGAUGCUGUCAGCAGUGCUGGUGUUCUGUGAGGCGUGUCCGUGGAUCAACUUCGGCCACCUGGUGGCCAACGGCAGCAUUCUGGAGGCGGUGGAGGGCGCAACCAGGGUGCAUGUCAUCGACCUGGGCAUCACCCACGGCACGCAGUGGCCCACUCUGCUCGAGAGCCUCGCCACGCGCCCUGGCGGCCCGCCUCAUCUGCGGAUCACGGGCGUGGACGCGCCUCUCACUGGCCUCAAGCCUUCCUCGCUGGAGGAGACGGGGAGGCGGCUGUCAGCGUUUGCGAGGGUGAUAGGAGUGCCGUUUGAGUUCACGCCCAUCACGGAGCAGCUAGACGACCUCAAGCCAGAGCACGUAGCGGUGAGGAGUGACGAGGUGCUGGUGGUGAACUGCCUGCUCAGGUUGCACCAGAUGCGCGACGAGAGCAACGCGCCGCAUGUGCCCAGCCAGCGCAACUGCACGCUGCACAUGAUCCGCUCGCUCAACCCCGCCAUCGUCACUCUCAUUGAACAGCACGCGGAUCACAACAUCCCCUCCUUCCUCUCGCGCUUCCGCGAGGCACUGCACUACUUCAGCGCUCUCUACGAGUCGCUGGACGCCAGCCUGCCGUGGAACAGCACGGAGCGGGCACUGGUGGAGGAGAGGAUAUUCGGGCGCAAGCUGGUCAACAUCAUCGCCUGUGAGGGGCGCGACAGAGUGGAGAGACACGAGAGCCACGCCAGGUGGCAUGAGCGCAUGCAGCGCUGUGGGUUUGUGCCGCGCGCUAUCAGCGCUGACGUGGAGGAGAAUGCACAUCUGCUGCUGAAGCGGUACAGGGAGGGGUACGGCAUAGAGCGGCGGGGCGAUGCGGUGCCUGCCCCUCACCCCCCACCGGGAGGGUUUGUACCUUCCAGCAGUUAG